UGUGGUGAACACUGUGACCAAUCAUGUGCUGUUUGCAUUUGUGAUUUUGAAGAAUGUGAUGAACUGAUAAGACUUCCUUGUGGUCACGUUUUCCAUAAAGAUUGUGUGAGUACAUGGUUGAAUGAACAUAAUACCUGUCCAACUUGUAGAUAUGAAUUACCAACAGAAGAUAUU